UGGGGACUUAGCCAUACAUUACGACAUUGGAACGCACUAUGGACGCUUAUAUACGGUCCUAGUCAUGCCCGCAGCGUAUAAAGCAAUCUUGUUGCUGUACGGUACGCGUGUCCUCCCUUACAGCACUAGUCGUGCGCGAAUUCCUCCAAGACAUGGCCCCCCAUACAAACCCCGACCGGGUCUGGUUCAUCACCGGCACCUCGAAGGGCUUGGGCAGAGCGCUGCUUGAGGAAGUCCUAGCCUCCGGAGAGAAGGCCGUCGCUACCUUGCGUCGACCGGAGGAUCUUGCUUCUCUCUCGGGGAAAUAUCCCCCGUCGCAGUUUCUCGUGCUUCGAUUGGACGUCACGAAUCAGCACGAGAUCAAAGAAGCAUUCAGCCAGAGCAAGAAGCAAUUUGGCCGCCUUGACGUUGUCGUGAACAAUGCAGGGUAUGCCCUGGAAGGCGAGAUUGAGACCGUUCCUGAGGAAGAAGCGAGGAAGCAGAUGGAAGUCGCCUUUUGGGGCCCGGUUCACGUAACGAAAGAGGCCAUCCCGUUUCUAAGGGACAUCAAUCCUCCGGGACAUGGAGGCAGAAUCUUGAACGUAUCGUCUAUCUGUGGAUACUCAAGUAAUCCAACUUUGUCUUACUACUGUGCGGCGAAGUUCGCUUUGGAAGCAUUCACGGAGUCAUUCAUCAAGGAGAUGCUACCGGAGUGGAAUAUCAAAGGCGUCAUCAUAGAGCCUGGAGGAUUCCGCACCGAGUGGAAUAGCAGCUCUAUGAUGCGUCUUCCGGUGCAUCCAAAGUAUGACACCCCCGAGUCCCCCACAGUCCAGUUCAGGAAGAUGACAGCGCAGACAUUAAUUGGAGACCCCGCGAAGGCAGCUAAAGCAAUCAUGCAAAUCGCUGACCUUUCGGAUCCCCCGUUGAGGAUCCAGCUAGGCACAGAAUGCUUGCUAGUCGUGAUGAAGAAAGCACUGAAGACUAUCAAGGACGGCGAGAAAUAUGCAGAGCUGGCACAUUCCACGAAUGCCGAUGGCGUUGACAAGGAGUCCGUGUUGGAGAUGUUCAAAGAAGUUAACAGUUGAAUACAUUUUGGGGAUCGUGUGGCCAAAUGUUCGAAAGGUGUCGUACUAGUGAGCAACAGAAUGUGAUCGCGUUCUUUCAGAUACUGUGAAGCUAAAUAAUGCCGAGGCUGUCUAUUGCAUCGCUAGAGGUUGCUGCC